AACCGAACUGUCAGUUUUGGAUGAAGUUUGACAGCACAACAUCGUGGAUUUGUGCGUGUGUGUGUUUGUUUAUUUGUUUGACAGUCUAUCUUGUUGUGCAAACGAAAACAAAACAGAUGGUACGCCAAUAGUGUUUAGAAAUUGGAAAAUUGUGCUUUUUUAUUAAAAUUCAACUUAAACCGAAAGAUGCAUAGUACAUAGUUGUCCUAUUCUUCAACUCCAUGCCAAAAUAAAGCAAGUUUUAAAUGGUUUUUGCAUAGUGCAGAAUGGUUAAAGUAGUAAAAAUCCAAAAUGCCUGCAUCAUGCGUUAUACCUGAUUGCGAUUUAAAAUACACGCAUAACGACGAUGUUUCAUUUCACAAAUUCCCUCUAAGAUUCCCGGAGCUUCUCAAGCAGUGGAUACAGUUCACCGGGCGCGAUGAGAAUUGGCACCCAACGAAAUGGAGCGCCCUUUGCAGUAGACACUUUGUGCCCAGUGAUUUCAAGGGAUGUGCUUCCCGCAAGAUAUUGCUCGCUUCGGCUGUACCUUCUAUUCGUCCCGCUGCAUCGAAAAUUCAAUCGGGCGAUCUCUCGUUGCCCGUAAUAUCGUACGAAACCGUUUGGUCCGAGGUGGGCCUUGCGCCUCCACGCCAUGAGUUGGAUUAUAUUCCCGCUGAUCUGGACAAUACUCCACUGAAUGGUACUCUUUGUUCUGUGAUAACGUCGGAAAGCGUGGAAGAAUAUGAGAGUGAUAUUCAGCUGAUUGAGAUUACCUGCCGAAUCUGUGGGGUCGUCUUUAGCCGUGCCGUGGAUAGCGUACUGACCGAUAUCGUACAAUCGGAAGAUGCAGUAAGGAAGUAUCUUCCUUUCGUCAAUCUUGACCUUCCGAAUCUGCCCCGUAAAAUCUGUCUACACUGUUCGAAGGUUGUUAAUGGAUUUUCAAAGUUCAGUGACAGUGUGUUGCGGGCUCAAUCCGAUGUAGAGCAUCGCUUUGCGCAACAAACCUUUGCACCUUUCGUACCAACGAAUCCUUUUCCAGAAGAAAGAUCCACCCAACAGGAUAUAGUUGCUGGAAAACCGAUGAACAUUAAGCAGGAACCUAUCACGAGUUUGAAUAUAAAGGAAGAAAAAACGGAAAACGCUAUCAACAGUGCACGGCAGAAGGAUUAUACUGCGACGGAGGAAUCGUUCGAUAGACCCAUGAUUAUUAAGAACCAAGCAGUAUCUGUCGAUCCGAAUAGAAUUUUUCUGUUUAAUAAUACCGGUCAGGAUAGUACGGGCUCAUCAGCUACAUCUACUACUGCCUCGCUGAUGAAGCAACAAAUGCGUGAAUCUUCGAAGAACUGCGAAAUACUUGAAAUUGUGAACCUUUAUCCACCCAUCGUGGACAUUACCAGUACAACAGUAACGGAAGUACAACCGUACGAAAUUACACUGCCAUCAGUUACCACAGAGCCAGCAUCGGAUACAUACCCAUCCAUGCCAUCUUCUAGUGCCUAUUCGACGCAGUUCGUCAGCAGCUUGAAGGUGGAAAAUACGACGGAACUGGAUGCGGAACAGGACGAUUUUUAUCUGCCGGAAAAGUUUCUCUUCAUCAACACACUCGAGGAGCAUAGCUACACCAAGUUGCCGAUACAAGCGGAUGAUAAUAAGGAUGAGAUUUUCCACGAUAUGGCCGUCGGAAACGGACAAUGGUUUGUAUCGACGGACAUUCCAACGCCGCACAAGAACGAACCAUUGCCGACGAGAAAUGUGUCCCACUGGUCGUGUAGGCUCUGUGAGCGACAAUUUACCGACUAUCGGCGAAUGUUGUGCCACCGGAUGUGGGAAUGUACCGUGCGAAGAAAGCUGUCCAAUUGCUGCAGAUUUUGCCGUCGUAAAUUUUGGUCCUGGGCAAAGGCACGAGUACAUCUGGGUUUGUGUGGUAAACGAGCGAUAAAAAUGAAAAAUAUCAAAUGGAAAAUGGUUCUUGCAAAAAUGAAACUUCGGCAAACUUCGGAUGCUUUAGCAGUGGAGUCAUCCGAUCGCAGUGGAGCCGUGCCAGAUAAGAAUUCUUGCUCAAUGUGUGAUAGAUCGUAUGCGAAUGCAUCAAAUUUACGGCGCCAUCUUGCUUCCCAUCGGCCACCGGAGCAGUGGAACCAUAAGUGUGGGGUUUGCCUCCGAAUCUUCGAUAAAUUGUUCGAUUUGAAGAAACAUCUUCAAAUUGCAUCCUGUGGCAAAGGUACCGUCCCGGUUACCGCUACAACAACUCCCGCAAAUCCUUCUGAAGAAACAAAAACAGAACUUCCCGCCGUGCGUGAUGUUAUAAAACCGAUCACAAAUCCCGCUCCAUCCGCUGCCUCCCAUCAUCUUCUGUACGUCUGUCCCACGUGUGACAAAAUGUUCCAAUCGUACAGUGGUUUAAAGGUACACGAACCGGUUCACACUGGCACGAAGGCGUACAUUUGCGAGAAAUGUGGCAAAUGUUUCUCGGGCCCAUCACACCUAUGGCAGCAUCAGCUUACACACUCCGAGUUGCGCCAGUACAACUGCAAACAGUGUCCGAAGGUAUUCAAGCGGAAGUGUGGUCUCAGCCAGCACGUUCGUGCCAUCCACAUGAAGAUUAAACCGUUCCAGUGUCCUACCUGUGGCCAUGAGUACGCACUAAAAGCCGACAUGACACGAUGUAGACAUUCUCGGCUGAACGAACCGACGCUGGUUUCGGGCUGCUAGUCAGACGAAUAGAAUAAAGGACGAAAUGAAACCUAAGCAGAAAAGUUUUCGGAUGCAAUUUCGAAAGAAUUGGGUGCAAUCUCAUCACAGC